UUUUCAGUGUCACUUCUGUUUGAAAUAAUGGAAAAUGGGAACACUACAUCAGAUUUCAUUCUCCUGGGACUCUUGAACUACACAGGAGUCCACCUAUUUCUCUUUGUGAUGGUUCUGACAACUGCUUUUAUCUCCCUGCUUGGCAAUGCCCUCAUGAUUCUCCUGAUUCACCAGGACCCCCGUCUCCACACGCCCAUGUACUUCCUACUGAGUCAGCUUUCCCUCAUGGAUUUAAUGCUGGUUUCCACUGUUGUUCCUAAAAUGGCUGCUGACUAUUUGACUGGCAAAAAGUCCAUCACUCCUACUGGCUGUGGGUUGCAGAUCUUCUUCUUCCUCACUCUGGGAGGAGGUGAAUGCUUCCUCUUAGCAGCCAUGUCUUAUGAUCGCUAUGUGGCUGUUUGCCAUCCACUGAGAUACCCAGUCCUCAUGAGCUGGCCAUUAUGCCUGAGAAUGACUUUGGGGUCAUGGUUCUUGGGAGCAGUUGAUGGAAUGAUGCAGGCUGCUGCUACUCUGAGCUUCUCAUUUUGCAGCACACAUGAGGUUGAUCAUUUCUUCUGUGAGGCCCCCACUCUGGUGCGUUUAGCUUGUGCUGACACAUCUGUUUUUGAAUAUGUCAUGUACGUCUGCUGUGUGUUGAUGCUCCUGAUCCCAUUUUGCCUCAUCCUCAUCUCCUAUAGUCUCAUCCUCUCUGCUGUUGUCCAGAUGCGUUCUACAGAAGCUCGGAAGAAGGCUUUUGCCACCUGCUCUUCGCAUUUGGCUGUGGUGGGUCUCUUCUACGGAGCUGCCAUAUUUAUCUACAUGAGACCCAAAUCCUAUAGGUCAGCGAAUCAUGAUAAGAUUGUGUCAGCAUUCUACACCAUCUUCACCCCUGUGUUGAACCCCUUGAUCUACAGUCUGAGGAACAGCGAGGUCAAAGGAGCCCUAAGAAAGUGUCUGGGUCAGUGUGCUGCCACAUGUCGCGAUUAG